GAGGUCCAGCCUUCUUCUGAUAGUGCCGAGGAUCUUUCGGGGGUGCUUACUCCCUCUUUUGCAUUCCGUGCCAAACUCCAAAGUUUGAAUUUUCGUUGCUAGUUUUUAGAAAGGUCAAUUUCAACAUGGUUGUUUGUUUUGUUGUCCACGUCCUUUUUUUCUUCUGCAGACUUCGAAUCUUUGUUAUGAUUAUGUCCUCCUCCUCGCCUCUGUUUGCAGACACAGAAUCAUUUUUCGUGCCCUUUCUGCAUCCCCACCGUAGCACCGUACACCGUACCUUGUUGAGGUCUGAAAUCUUUCGUGUGUUUUGGUUAAAAAAGGUGAAAUUGGGUGACUCCUUGCUGCAGCAGCUCGUGAUUUGUCUGAAAAGGUUGGCCGCAUCCUGUUGCCUCGGGACGCCAUCUCUCAAAACGGUUCCGUGGAGGCAGAGUUUUUCACAGAGUAUGGGGAUGCAAGUCGAUACAAGAUUCAGGAAGUCAUUGGUAAAGGAAGCUACGGGGUGGUCUGCUCCGCUGUAGAUGUCCACACUGGAGAGAAAGUAGCGAUCAAGAAGAUACAUGACAUCUUUGAGCACAUAUCUGAUGCUGCCCGGAUUCUCCGUGAGAUCAAGCUUCUGAGACUCCUAAGACAUCCAGAUAUUGUUGAGAUCAAACAUAUUAUGUUGCCUCCAUCAAGACGGGAAUUCAAAGAUAUUUAUGUUGUUUUUGAACUUAUGGAGUCUGAUCUUCACCAAGUUAUCAAGGCUAAUGAUGACCUGACAAAGGAACAUUAUCAGUUCUUUCUCUACCAACUGAUCCGUGCUCUGAAAUACAUCCACACAGCUAACGUUUAUCACCGGGACCUGAAGCCAAAGAAUAUAUUAGCAAAUUCUAACUGCAAACUGAAAAUUUGUGAUUUUGGACUAGCACGAGUUGCAUUCAAUGAUACCCCAACAACGAUCUUCUGGACAGAUUAUGUUGCAACAAGAUGGUACAGAGCUCCAGAGCUCUGUGGAUCCUUCUUUUCAAAGUAUACACCGGCCAUUGACAUUUGGAGCAUUGGAUGCAUCUUUGCUGAGGUGUUAACAGGGAAACCUUUGUUUCCUGGUAAAAAUGUUGUCCAUCAGUUAGACUUAAUGACUGACCUUCUAGGCACGCCAUCGAUGGAUACGAUUUCUCGGGUCCGGAAUGAGAAAGCAAGGAGGUAUCUAAGUAGCAUGAGAAAGAAAGAGACAAUUUCGUUCUCACAAAAGUUUCCGAAUGCAGAUCCUUUAGCCUUGGAUCUUUUGCAAAGGCUUUUAGCAUUUGAUCCGAAAGACCGUCCAACUGCAGAACAGGCAUUGGCUCAUCCAUACUUUAAAGGGCUAGCCAAGGUUGAGAGAGAGCCAUCUUGUCAACCAAUCACAAAGAUGGAGUUUGAGUUUGAAAGGAGAAGAGUGACAAAAGAAGACAUUAGGGAGCUGAUAUUCCGUGAGAUAUUGGAAUAUCAUCCACAACUGCUCAAAGACUAUAUCAAUGGCACGGAGAGGACAACCUUUCUGUACCCAAGUGCUGUCGACCAAUUUAGGAAGCAAUUUGCUCAUCUUGAAGAAAAUAGUGGAAACGGACCUGUGAUUCCAAUGGAAAGAAAACAUACUUCUCUUCCUAGGUCUACUAUUGUUCACUCAUCUCCAAUUCCUGUCAAGGAACAACCCCGUAUCGGCCCAUGUAGGGAAAGGCCUUCAUCUGAUGAGUCCUACAGGAAUCCUCGGGAGACAGAACAAUAUUCCGGCAAUCUCCCCAGAACGUCACAGGCUCCACAAAGAGUGCCAACAGCGAGACCAGGAAGGGUUGUUGGUCCAGUAAUGCCUUACCAAAAUGGAGACACCAAAGACCCCUACGACACACGAAGGUUGGCAAUGAGCUCAGGAUAUCCUCCCCAACAAAUCCCACAAACGUUUGGUUAUUAUCAGACACAUGGUAAACCAGCUUGCUGCGAGCCAUCACAGGCUGAAAGGUACACGCUGCAUCAGCAGGCUGCCUAUGCCUGCGCAAACCGUACAGCCGCGUCUGAUGUUGCUCUGGACAUGAGAGCACCCCCUUUUCAGCAUCUAUCGGCAGGGCAGAGAAGUGACUCUUGUGAUAGGCUGACAGCAGAGACAAACUUGUACACGAGAUCAACCAACGGCAUCGCUGCCACUGCAGCAGGAGUGGCAGCAACUACUCACAGAAAGGUCGGCGUUGUUCCGUUUGGCAUGUCAAACAUGUAUUAGUGACUGGAUCAUGGCCGAAUCAUGGUGAAUCCUCUGUGCGGUUGAUGGGUCUAUGCUGCCUUCAGGUGGCUAAACACCGACAACUUGAAGCGGCCAAUCAAACCUUUGGCUGGAUGCUGCAAGUUUAGAGUGCAGUAGACAGUGUUUUUUCUGUGUGGUCAGGAAAAGAGGAACACCGCCGGCGGCAUGAAGCCUGCCAAAAAGUUUGUAUCUGCCUGUGCCUGAGAAGUGUGCCCUUGGUUGCACACUGAGAAGGGGUAUAGUCGGCAGUCCGGCGGCAUGUAAUCUGGGCAAUUUAGGCGCCAAUUUCUUUUCUAGAGCGAGGAGGCAGAAGGGAAAGGAAGGAACAUUAACGUUUUAAAUGUUGUAUAGAGACGUUUCUCAUGCAUCAAUGUGCUACAUCAGAAUUACUUCAGAAAGAUAUGAGAUACAGCAAAAAAAACUGUAUGGCAUAUGCAUGUUUUUAGAUCUAUCGUGAACUAGCUCCAAAAACAUGCUGCCCA